AUGGACUCCGAUCACGCAUUUCUCUGCUGCUGGUUUUCAUUGCGCUUGUCAUGUUUGCGCAAAACGCACACAUCUCGCUUAGCCACCAAGAACUUUGUGGACCUAGAAAUCAAGCAGGAUAGAGAGAGAGAGAGCGUCGACGGAAGCAUGUUGCGAAAAGCCCUGAGAAAUCGAACUUGGAGAAGUGAGUGUGCAUUCACCUCGGUGGUUUCAUACCGCCAUAACAAAGGUUAG